AUGGUGGCGAUUGUAUCUGUUAUAAUCGGAUGCUCCUGUAUUACAGCAUACCUGGCAACGUAUUACGGCCACAACCCAAGUAGAGCCCAUGGAUUGUAUAACGACAAUUACCUGUCAGAUCUUGGAUCCAGUGAAUAUGACCUAUUGUUCGAUAAACCCUGGUUUAGGUGGCCUUCGUUCAUAUCGGGCACCGUAGCUGGUUAUUUAAUUGUCAUAUAUGAAGAAAAACGAUUUAAAUUGCCUUGGUACUACGUCCUACUCGGCUGGUGCAUGUCGAUGUUCAUGGCAAUUACCUCCCUCUAUGGCAUAUGGGGAUCAUAUCUUGGAGACGAACUGUCACAGACAGAGUCGGUUUUUUACAUUACGUACAGUCAUACUGCAUGGGCCAUCGCAGUAGCGUGGGUACCGUUUGCUUGCUUGUCUGGAAAUGGUGGAGUGGUGAAUACUUUCUUGCAAUGGAAAUUCUUCAUUCCUUUUGGGCGUCUCACGUACAACUGGUAUAUUAUCCAUCCGCCAUUAGUUGCCAUAUAUUAUUACACGUUGAACAGACUAUUUUUCUAUACCAAUUAUUCAUUUGUAUAUCUGUGUAUAUCAACAUUAAUACUAAUCAAAGCCGUCGCUUUCUUACUCCAUCUUCUGAUUGACUGUCCCAUGCAGGGUAUAUGGGUGAUCAUAGAGAAAAGACUACAGAAGAAACCGAAAUACCAAUGA